UCGAGCGCGGGUGUGUUUGUUUGAUAUUUCAAAUGCGAAAUUGUUUUUAAAAUCGCAAGUGCUUUGAAUAAGUGUCCAUAAUGUGUUCAAAUAUUCUUGAUUUUGAAAAUGUUGAAAAUUCUUUACUCUGAUUGGAACGAAUUUUGGUACGGAUGUGUUUUACGUGACUAGGUUUGUGUGUAGUUUUCAACUGAUUGUUCAUUGUGGUCAACAUGCCGGGUCUUAUUGGCAUUGGCGAAUUUAUCGAGGAAACAAGAGAGGAUUAUAAUUCGCCCACAACUUCUACUUUUGUUUCCCGUAUACCACAAUGUCGACAAACCAUCAACGCUUUGGAAGAGACUCUGGAUUUCGAUCGAGACGGCCUAGCGAAACUCAAAAAGGCGAUAAAGGCGAUCCACAAUUCUGGAAAUGCACACGUGGACAACGAGAUGUAUCUCUCGCGCGCGCUGGAGAGGCUCGGCGGGAACGCGCUCAGCAAGGACUCGGAGCCUGACAUCGGGGCGGCGUUCUUCAAGUUCGCCGUCGUCACCAAGGAACUGUCCGCGCUGAUGAAAACAUUGAUGCAGAACAUAAACAACAUAGUUAUGUUCCCCGUAGACAGUCUUCUAAAAGGUGACCUGCGGGGCGUCAAAGGUGAUCUCAAAAGGCCAUUCGAAAAGGCGUCCAAAGACUAUGAGUCAAAGUACCUGAAGAUUGAGAAGGAGAAGAAGUCGCAGGCUAAAGAGGCGGGCCUCAUUCGGAGUGAGGUGACACCGGCAGAAAUAGCUGAUGAAAUGGAAAAGGAACGGAGAUUAUUUCAACUGCAAAUGUGCGAGUACCUGAUAAAGUUCAACGAGAUCAAAACGAAGAAGGGCAUUGAACUGCUGCAGCACCUGGUGGAGUACUAUCACGCGCAGACAAAUUACUUUCAAGACGGCCUGAAGACGAUAGAGCAUUUCGGCGUUUACGUUGCAGACUUGAGUGUACAGUUGCAGAAGAUAAGGCAGCAGCAGGACGACGAAAGGCGGAGACUGUUAGAGUUAAGGAACAUGUUGAGGGCGGCCACACCACAGGAUAGAGAGGCUGCAUCAGCAGUAGGUGGCUAUUCACUGCACCAACUCCAAGGUGACAAACAGCAUGGAGUAACGCGGAGUGGGUACCUCCUAAAGAAAUCAGAGGGCAAAGUAAGACGGGUGUGGCAGAAAAGAAGGUGUAGAGUCACAGCAGAAGGGUAUUUGGAUAUCUUUCAUGCAGACGAAAACAAAACUCCAGCCAGAGUCAAUCUAUUGACGUGCCAGAUUAAAGUGGCCACGGAAGAUAAGAGGGCGUUCGAUCUAGUCUCAUAUAACCGCACGUACCACUUCCAAGCUGAAGACGAGAACGAGCAACGCGCGUGGACGUCCGUACUCGUGAACUGCAAGGAGGGCGCGUUGAUGAGAGCUUUCCACCAACAAGCUGGUGAAAGUGGUGAUACGGGGCAUUCGUUGUUGGAUCUGCAGCGGUCGAUCAUACGGGCGGUCCGGUGUAUGCCCGGCAACCAAGUGUGCUGUGACUGCGGAUCUACAAAUGAUCCAACAUGGCUGUCGACGAAUUUCGGUAUAAUAGUGUGUAUAGAAUGUUCUGGAAGCCACCGGGAGUUGGGUGUGCAUAUAUCAAGGAUACAGUCGUUGACGUUGGACCGAUUGAGCACGUCGCAGUUACUGCUGGCGAGGCACAUGGGCAAUCAGACGUUCAAUGACGUCAUGGAGAACACGCUGGACGAACGGUUGAAACUGAAGCCCGGGAGCACUAUGGACGAAAGGCUCCGUUUCAUCCGCGAGAAGUACGUGUACCGCGCGUUCGCGGCGCGCACGUGUCGCGACGAGGCCGAGCGGCUCUCGGAGGUGGAGCACGCGGUGAACAACGGCCACCUGCAGAACUUGCUGCAGGCGUACGCGGAGGGCGCGGACUUGGCGGCCACGCUGCCGAGCUCGGACUGCGGCGAAACGGCGCUACACCUCGCGAUAUCACGAGAGCUCGGCGACGGAUCGUGUUUACAUAUAGUCGAUUUUCUAGUCCAAAACGGCGGUUCACAGCUGUUAGAUAAAGCGACCGCGUCCGGUAUGACCGCGCUGCAUCUGUGCGCCGCGAUCGAUCGGACGGAACCUAUGAAGUUAUUGUUAAAGGCGGGUGCAGAUAGUACGCUGAAAGACGUCAAUGGAAGGACAGCGUUGCAGGUGGCGAGGCAGUUGGGGCACAUGGCGUGUCUGGAAUUGUUAGAAAGCGUGGAUAAGAGAGAAAAGAGUAUAUUCGAAAAUAUUAAUAUAGACUGGAAUUUAUCACACGAUGAAGGAUCUACUGACUUCUCCGACGACGACACUGUCAUCGAUGAACGGCAAAACGGCAGCGUGACACCCGAGAAGAAGUGCCCCCGCUCCCGGCCGCCGUCGUACGCGGGGGCGGCGGGGGGGUGCGGUGCGGGGGGCGCGGGGGCGGGGGGCGCGGGGGCGGGGGGAGACUCGCCCGUGCUGCGCUCGCGCUCGUCCACGUGCGACUCGCUGCACCACGCGCCGCCCGCCAGCGCGCCCGCCACGCUGCCGAGGAAACCCAACGUCUAUAAUAUAGGCAGUUUAAAAAAGCGUGUGGCGCCCCUGCCGCCGGGAGCGCCGCGCUCCACGCCCUCACCUUCGCCCUCCGCCGACACACGGUCUAUACACAGUGGUACAGUAAAACACAGACCUCAACAGCCCCCGCCUACACCGCCGCCCGGCAACUCGCUGCACAACGGAGCGCACAGGGAUGAACCGACACCGCCGCCGAGAAAAAAGAAAAAUAGAUUGCUACAGGAAAAGGCUGACAAAGUGAAACUGAGAAGGGAGUGUUCUAGUCAAGACUCGUCGCUGGAGCUGUGCGAGCUGGACGCGCUGUCGUGCUCUCGCUCGCGGCGCUCGCACUCGGACAGCCGCUCGCUGGACGUGUCCGACACCUCCAGCGUGCACUCGCGCUCGCCGUCCGCCUCCAUCACCAUGAUGGGCGGCAUGCGUCGCUGCAGAGCGCUAUACGACUGCUCUGCGGACAAUGAAGAUGAACUAUCAUUCCGCGAGGGUGAAGUCAUAGUAGUAAUCAACGAGCGUACAGAAGACGACAACUGGAUGGAGGGACAAGUCGAGGGAACAGGCCGACGGGGCAUGUUCCCCGUCUCUUUCGUGCACAUGCUGCCGGAUUAGAGUGAGCGAGAUGGGUAUAUUGCAGUCGACUCCGCCGUUGCAUUUGUGCUGACAGCAAGCGGGACAUUAAUGUACUGUCAAUUCCAGACAGUGUGAUGGAUGUGUUUAAUAUGUUAUGGAUGUGUUUAAUAUGUUAUGGAAAGGGAAGGUUUAACUAUGAAUACGGAAUUCAUAGUUUAAGCUUAACUUGCCAAGAGAAUAAAUGCGAUGCGAAUAAUAGAUGAUGCCAUACCGACUCCGUAUUAAAUUUAGGUACCUAAGACCUUUAGUAUGAGCGAGAUAGAUAUACUUGCCAAUUCUCUGUAUCGUUCUACAGAGAGGCAUGAGUUCUAUAGGUAACUCCGUCUCUUUCGCGCACACCUGCCAGUAAAGUGAGAGUGAAACAGCAAUAGAUCUGUCGAGUCUAUCAAUAGUCGUGUUUGAUGAAUAGCUCAUUAAAAUUAUGUGCAAUUUAACUUGCAGGAAAUUGAAACGUUUUUGUAUUUAAUUAAACAAGCACUUGUUAUUUUGAAAUUAUCAAAAAAUAAAAAAUGCAAUUACACACACUCG